AUGGGGCUCUGCCUGUCCGUGGCUCUGUGGAAGGACAAGGUCUACGCCGACCGCCGGCGCCGAGGCCAUGACGACGUCGCCGACGAUGUGAUGAUGAUGAUGGGAGGCGGCGUCUCUGAUUACGGGCUCCCCGUGGGGGCUGGAGCGUUCAAGGCGGAGGAAGCGGUGGCGCCGCCGAGACCUUCGGCUUCGGGUGUGCUGGAGAGGGCGGGCGGCACGCCGGCGCGGCCGAUUUGGCAGAGGAGGGUGCUGAUGGGCGUCAAGUGCCAGCUGCCGAGGUUCAGCGGGAUGAUUCUGUACGACGAGCGCGGACGGCCGGUGUGCGGCGGCGUCCGGGACAGAGCUCGUGACCAGGAGAAGCAUGCCGCGGCUAUUAACAUACUGAGGGACAUGCUCUAGGCUAUCAUCUACUAUUCUCCUUCCCCACUCAAAAACAAGUGUGUUACAUAAUGUCCUUCAAUUUCAAAAUAGUAGAUGAUCCCCUCUAUCCUUCUAGAGCUAGUGUUUUGAAGGUUCUACUUUUUAAUGAUGCUAGUUUAUAUUUAUUUCGUAAGUUUGUCGUUAUUUGGCCGGUCAUUGACAUUCUUCAUGUUCUUGUUUGCAUAUGUUUUGAUGAUGUAUCAUGACUGGCCUUCUUAGU